AAUCCCUAUGUCGCCGAUUCGGUUUCUGUCCAAUUUUAGGGUUUCUUCUCAUUUUCUUGUCUGUUGGAUCAUCCUCAGCUGCUUUCCAGAGGCAAGUGAGAAUCUUUCGCCACCAAUAUUGAUGAUGUUGAACAAUAACUUCAAGACUGGGAUUGACCCUCUAUUGGAUUGCACCUGUGUUUAUUCUUUCUUCUGUGAUAUUUAAUUCUCUAUAGUGAUUUUCCUGAGCUUCUGGUGAAAAUUGAGGGUUCAUAUCUUCUGCAAUUGUUACACUUGAUUCUGUUCAGAUUUUUAAAACCCACGAGUGGCUAGAAAAACCAACAUUUUAUUUUCAAUGUCAAGGAGAGAAUAUGACAGUUAUACCAGAUGUGAAGAAAACACAUGUCUUAUAUACUUUUAAGGGUGAAGAAUCUUGGCAGCCUCUGACAGAAAUUGCAGUUAAAAAAUGCAAGCGCUGUGGGUUCUAUGAACAGGACAGCAUAAAAUCAGAUGAUGUGUUCGAUGAGUGGGAGUUCUGCCUUUCUGAUUUUAUAGCUUCUGAUGGAAAAUAUGUUCAUUUCAAGAACAAAGAAUUCAAUGCCACAUUUUUAUGUCCAGAGUGUAUACCUCUUCAAAAAGCUUCUGACCACACUACUGGCUCACAUAAUGGAGGAAAGGGAGUGCAUCUCGUUCUAGUGAUAAUGGUCAGUGCUUUGGUUUCAAUUGUAUCUGUUUUAGCAGUUGUGGCUGUGUAUAAGUACUGGCAAAAGAGGAAGAGGGAGCAAGAUCAGGCUCGGUUUCUGAAGCUUUUUGAAGAUGGUGAUGACAUUGAGGAUGAAUUGGCACUGUAAUAUGAUAAGUGGCAUCUUAUGUUGCUUCACAACCUCCUACUACUUGUACAGCAAGUUGGGCCUGGCCAAUUUUGUUCCGUUGGAAGAAGAGGACAACACGCGACCAGACAUCAACAAAUAAGGGGGUAGCUCUCUUCUGAAAGAAAGCCAAAAGCUAUUAUGCAUUUUGCAGUUUCUGGAUGUAGAUCCUGGAAAAAAUUAGUCUGCCUCAUUGUAGAGGGUUGUCUAAAUGAUUUAGAGCUGGUAUGAUAUGUGGGAAGCUAAUUGAUUUAAGGCCCAUGCCAAUCACCCAAAUGGUUCAUGGUCCAUGAUAACACCAACCAGCGUUGAACCUGUCACUUCCAUAGGGAUGCUUGCAUUACAAAUAGAGAUUGGUGGAAUUUGAUAAUUAGUUUUGAUUCCACAGGAACACUAGUAAUUGUACAUGAUUUUAUUGAUUUAA